AGGAAGUUGUGAACACAGUUUAAAAGUUGCUGCAGGACUCCAGACAUUCACAGGAAGUUGGACCAGCAAUGGCUCUGCUGAAGGUUCUGCUGCUGCUGGGUGUGGGUGUUUCUGUAAAGUCAGAUGUUUCUCUGCAGAAGAGAAUCAUUGGAGGUCAAAACUGUCAAGACACGGAGCGUCUUUAUCAUGUUCGGGUGGAGAUCAGGAGGGGUAAUGGAAGGUUUGGCUGUGGAGGAUCUCUGAUCAGCCGUCAGUGGAUCCUCACUGUAGGUCCCUGCUAUAACUCAGAGCCAGGAUGGACUAACGUAAUAAUGUUAAAAGUUCAUCCACGGAGUGUUAUACACUACAGUCAGGUAAUCCAAGAUGCUCCUGUGAUUUAUACCCACGACGGCCAUCAGCAUGGCAUCAUCUUACUGAAGCUUCAGACACCAGUACCAGAUUUUCCACUGGCUCGGCUACCAGACUGCAGUUAUCGUCUUCAUAUAGGCGAUAUUGUUCAGCUGGCAGGAGAGGGACCAACGACAACCGGCCCCAAUAAUCAGCGAUUAACAGCUGCUCCUCUUCCAGCACAUCUUCAGUGUGUCGACAUGAAAGUUAUUCAGUUUUCUGGCUUUAUCCCGACAUUUGGGCAUGUAUUCUAUGCAGAAGCAUCGAACAAGGAUAUAUGUUAUGUAAGUUUGUUUCUUGAAUAUCUCCCUACAGCAAUUAGAAAACGUUUCUGUUUUACAACAUAAUUAUAUAUAUUGAUAUUAAUUUUUCUACAGGCUGAUGAUGGUGGAGCAGUGGUGCACAACAGCAUGAUUUAUGGUGUGAUUUUGCUUGGUCAGCCAGACUACGCAUGUCAGAGACCAGCGGCAAUCAUGGAUGUGUGUGAAUAUCUGGAGUGGAUAAAACAAACAACUGGGAUUGAAUAAAACAUAAAUUAUUAUGAAAUAAAAUUCUCAUCAAAUUUCAUUGCACAUAUUAUUUUAUGAUUGUAUUUUCAUCAGUUUGAUCCACUUCUUUGUAGAAUUAGAAUAAAUCAAUAGAUUGGUUUUUCUUUCCUGAUCUUGACCUCCCUAAUGAAUAUUUCUCUGCCUCAGAAAUAAAAAAUAAAUCAAUAAAUGCAU